AUGGCAUCAUCUUCAUCACUCUCCUACCCCAAAAAGCGAAACAGCUGCGCACUCGGUUUAUUUAUCCUUUUCAUUUUCUGCCUAUUUUUCUUCAGCAGAAGGAUUAUCGAGCUACAAAUCCCCAUUUACAGAGAUUUAACCCCGCAACAAACCCCUCUCACCAUCCCAUCUCCUGUAAGAUCCACUGAGAAAUUCGAUGAUUCAGCUAACCCCGUCUUGUCCGCGUCCGAUCCCGUCGAUGAUGUUGACGGAGAUAACGGCACGUCGUCCGAGUUUCAAGAAGAAAGUAAUAAUGAAGGAGCAACUGCGGAAACUUCAUCUGAAUCUGAUGAAAAUGCUGAAAAACACACGGCGCCGGUUGUUUUGUCGUCAAACCCUGAACCUGAGGAGAAUUCAGGUGAAGCUACAGAUGAGCCCUUGUAUUUAGAUGACAAAAAUGGUGUCCCCAUUUCAUCAAAAUCCGAUCUUGAUAAUGAGGCAGCUUUGUCGGAUACUGAGAAAUCCCAAGGUUUUGUUGAUAAUGUAAUGGCUGAAAAGUGGCGAAAUUGUGAUUUUUACCAAGGGUCAUGGGUGAGAGACGAGGGCUAUCCGCUUUACCGAGCGGGUUCUUGCCCGUACAUCGAUGAUGGUUUUGAAUGUACGAACAAUGGGAGGCCUGAUUCUGAGUAUUUGAAAUGGAGAUGGAAGCCUGAUGGAUGUGAUCUUCCCAGGUUCAAUGCAACAGACUUUUUGGUGAGAUUGAAAGGAAAGAAACUUCUGUUGGUUGGGGACUCUAUGAACCGUAACCAGUUUGAAUCUCUCCUGUGUCUCUUGCGCGAAGGUCUUCCUGAUAAGAGCAGAAUGUAUGAAGUCCAUGGGUACAAAAUAACAAAGGGAAGGGGUUACUUUGUUUUCAAAUUUGAGGAUUACAACUGUACGGUGGAAUUUGUUCGUUCGCAUUUCCUCGUGAGGGAAGGGGUUCGUAUAAAUGCACAAGGAAAUUCAAACCCGACUUUAUCUAUCGACCGGAUAGACAAAACAGCUCGUCGUUGGCAGAGAGCUGAUAUUCUCGUGUUCAAUACAGGCCACUGGUGGACUCAUGGGAAGACUUCUAGGGGUUCCACCUUAUCCAUUCCAGAGCAAUCCAUCUUCUUCAAGAUCCACCACCAUCUUCCAUUUCCGGCCACCUCUCCGGCGAGCCGCAGUCCUCCGGUGACCUCCCGCCGGCGAGUACCAGGACCACGCGACCACACGCCGGUUCCACAGCCCGCAGCUUCGAGUUCACGCCACCCCGCGGCUCAGCCUCGCGUCGCGCACCUUCAGGCCACAGCUCGCACGCCUCCGCCGUCCGUAUGCAGCAACCAGCUCGCUCCCGCACCCAUCCGUCCGUACGCGUCCGUCCAACCCGGCUCGAGUUCGUACCACGCCGUCCAGCGAGCUCCCGCGUCCGUAUACAUAGAAACUACAACAAAGUUCUUAGAGCUGCCGGCGGAAAACGAAGACUCGACAACCAUAGUUGUUCGGAUACUCUCCGUUGCCGACACAUCUGACGGAUGGGAUGAACGUAAUCUCCGAGAAGACGAACAUCCUCAUCUCGCCCCGCAUUUCUCGGUUGGCAUCAGGGGCGAGGUGAGGGCGUUCGUAUUCUCGGAUUACGCUCAUCCUAUCCUUUGA